AUGAGAGCGGACUCAAAUGUUUUGUUCCUUGUGCCUUUGGAUUUGUUGUUCCUUAUUGCAAUUCCACAAUUGUGCUUGUGUGCAAAUUCAACCUCUGACCACACAAUGGAAGAGCGACAAGCACUUGAAAGUCUCAAAGGAAGUUUCUCCAACAGCUCCAUGUUUGUUUCUUGGGAAGGAAAGGAUCACUGCCAGUGGAAAGGAGUGCAAUGUGAUGCUAUCACCGGACACGUUGUCAAGCUUGUUCUCCAUUGGCAAAAGACAUGCAGUUAUCGUCGAACCGGUUUUGUACGCACGUGCUCAAGACAAAAUUCUAAUGGCGUUCACCCUUCUAUAUUGGAUUUGAAACACUUGAACUAUCUCGAACUCACAGGAAUUUCUUUUGGCAAUGGUCCUAUACCAGCAUUCCUUGCUUCCAUGAAUCAGCUGACACAUCUUAACCUCUCUGACUGUGAUUUCAGGGAAAAGAUUCCUCACCAACUCGGCAAUCUUUCAAACUUGCAGGUUCUUGAUUUCAGUGGAAAUCCUUUAGAUGUUGAUGUAGAUGUUGAUGAUCUGGCUUGGCUUUCAAAACUUUCAUCACUGAAACACCUAGCAAUGAAUGGAGUGGGCCUUGGAAGGGCACAUAAUCUAUUGCAGGUGCUUGAUACCCUUCCUUUCUUGUUGCAAGUAGAGUUUAGUGGAUGUGAUCUUACCAACAUGAACUUUCCUGCUGGCCAUGUUAAUUCUACGUUUCUUGCCAAUGUUCAAGUUCUGAGUCUUGCUCAAAAUUUACUUUCUGACCCUGUUCCUGAUGCUUUUCUGAACAUGAGUUCAAUUGUAGACCUCAACCUUGGUUACAACAAUCUCACUACACUUCCAAAUUGGUUGGUUAAUUUUGAUGCUCUUGUCAAUCUUAAUCUUUCUGGUAAUCCCUUCAAGAGGAUUGAAGCCUCCGUGAUAUCUAUCUUGACAAACAUGUGCUCCCUCCGAUCAUUAGACUUGUCAUCUAGCAUACCUAUUUUUGAAGGGUCGGGGCUAGGUCAGGGAAACUAUUCGGGAUGUGGAAAAUACGAUCUGGAAGUUUUAGUGUUGAGAGGAAAUGGAAUUAAGGACAGUUUGCCUAGUUGGUUUGGACAACUGUCAAAUUUGAAUAUCCUUGAUCUUGCAAUGAAUUUAUUCUAUGGUCCAAUUCCAUCAUCCUUUGGAAAUUUGUUGGCCUUGACAACAUUAGAUCUUUCGGAUAAUCAGCUACAUGGGUCAAUUCCUGCUACCUUUGGACGGUUGUCAUCUUUAGGUUUAUUGGAUCUUUCUAAUAAUCACUUGAAUGGAAGCAUUCCAGAAAGCCUUGGACAACUGAGGAAUCUAGUGACCUUAAGGAUGGUUAAUAACUCAUUCACAGGUAUCAUAUCAGAGAUUCACCUUCGUAACCUCUCAAAUUUGAUAGAAUUUCAAAUAGGAUACAACAAUCUGGAUUUGAAGACAGACUCCAAUUGGGAACCACCUUUCAAGCAUUUACAAGUCCUUGGAAUGGCUUACAAUAAUCUGACACAUUUUCCUCAGUGGGUUCAAACACUGGAGCAACUUUUUACAUUAGACAUCUCUAACAAUCAGAUUAGAGGAAAUAUUCCGAGAGAUUUUGGUCAUCAUCUUCCAAACCUGUAUAGGCUAAAUCUCCGUACUAACCUUAUAGAAGGUUCGAUACCAGACUCAUUGUGCGAGAUGGAAAACUUGUUCAUUCUCGAUCUCUCAGAAAACAGAUUUUCUGGCACAAUUCCUGAUUGUUGGGUAAAGCAGUUUUUCUCCGUCUUAAAUGUGGCAUCAAAUCGGUUAUCCGGCACCAUUCCAAACUCAUUUGGGAAUCUUACAGUGGGAUGGUUGAAUUUGAGCAACAAUAGCCUCCAUGGAGAGCCUUUUCAACCCUUGCAAAGCAACGAAUGGUUGCAGAUUUUGGAUCUCGGUGAGAAUCAAUUUACCGGAAAAAUACCUUCUUGGUGGGCAGCACAAACUGUUCUUGAAAUUCUGAGACUGCGGGGGAACUUGUUCAGUGGUGAUAUUCCGACAUCUCUCUGCCAGUACUAUAAUGUAAAAAUCCUGGACCUUGCUGAUAAUAAUUUGUCAGGUUCAAUCCCUCCUUGCAUUGGUAAUUUCCGGGGUAUGAUGAUAAAUGGAGUUGAAGCACCACCAGCAUUCACUUAUGAUGCAGAUGAAUGGGCAAAAAGGCAUUUCAAGCAAUUCUUGAAAGGAAAUGAAUAUGAUUACACAAAAAAAUACGCAUAUCCGCAUUUGGUAAACAUAGACUUGUCAAGUAACAGUCUCAUGGGAUCAAUCCCUGCCGGUGUAACCUCUCUUUCAGGAUUGAUUGGCUUGAACUUAUCACAUAAUCACUUGUCAGGAAAUAUCCCAAGCAAUAUAAAGAAAAUGCAGUCGCUGGAGUCUCUGGAUUUCUCCAACAAUAACCUUUCUGGUCCCAUCCCAACCGACAUGUCCAUCAUGCAUAAUCUAGGUUUCUUAAACUUGUCCAACAAUAAUUUAUCAGGUUCCGUUCCAACAAAUGAUCAUUUUUUGACCUUUGAUAAUCGAUCUUUUGCUGGCAAUCCACAUCUCUGCGGAGAAUUCCUGGCGAAUAAAUGUUCCAUCGGUGAUGGGGUACCUAGCCAUGAAGACAACAAUGAGAUCGGUGAUAAGAAAGAAAAUGUGUUGUUUUACUUAGUCAUUGCACUUGGUUUCAUAACAGGGUUUUGGGCAUUCUUCGGAACUCUGUUUUUGAGAAAGGAUUGGAGACACGCAUACUUUCUUUAUGUGGAUGGGGUUGUGGAUAAGAUGUAUGUAACAAUAAUGGUAAGAGUAGCAAGUGUUGGAUCGUGA